AAGGUCAAUCAUACAUUACACACUGAGAGGCUGAGGUACACAACACAGAUUUUUCAUCAUAGAGAUAAAACUUUUUGCAAAAAUCAGAAACAAAACCACACAUUGUAUGCAUAUAUCUCUCUAAUUCAGGGUUUCCCUUAUUUCUCCUGAUUUUGGAAUUGAUGUCUCUGUUUAAUGCUUACCCCAUUUUUGAACUUGGUAAAGAUGCAGCUGGAAUUGCUGGUAACAUCUUUGCAUUUGGGUUAUUUGUUUCCCCAAUACCUACAUUUAGGAGAAUUAUCACAAAUGGGUCAACGGAAUUGUUCUCAGGAUUGCCAUAUAUUUAUUCUCUAUUGAAUUGCUUGAUUUGUUUGUGGUAUGGAACUCCUCUUAUAUCAAUUGAUAAUCUCUUGGUUACCACCGUUAAUUCAAUUGGAGCAGCUUUUCAGCUUGUGUAUAUUCUCUUAUUUUUAAUCUAUGCUGAGAAACCAAGAAAGGUGAGAAUGUUUGGAUUAUUGCUGGCGGUUUUCGGUAUAUUUGUUGUCAUACUGGUUGGGAGCUUGAAAAUAAGUGAUAGUUCUAUGCGCCGAAUGUUUGUUGGAUGCUUGAGUUGUGCUUCUCUGAUUUCAAUGUUUGCAUCUCCGUUGUUUAUCAUUAAUUUGGUCAUUCGCACUAAGAGUGUUGAGUUUAUGCCGUUUUUUCUUUCGCUUUCGACCUUCUUAAUGAGCGUUUCCUUCUUUCUUUAUGGAUUACUCAGUGAUGAUGUCUUCAUUUAUGUACCAAAUGGGAUAGGUACCGGUUUGGCAAUGAUACAAUUGGUAUUAUACUUCUAUUUCAAGAGAUCAUCUUGCGAUGACUCAAGAGAACCCUUGAUAGUUUCAUAUGGAUAAUUUGUAUUUCUGAGUGAUGAUGACAAGGGCAAAGGUAAACACACUAUUUGUGACUAUGAAUCAUCAUUAUCUUCCUCGGUCAGUGUGAGUUGAUUUUCGGAAAUUAGUCUAAGAUAUUCAUUAUGUGCGAAAUAUUCUCCGUGAGUUGACUGGCAGAAUAUAUAUGGUUUUGGUAAAAAGAAGUUAAUCCAUUCAUUUCGUAUGGAUAUUUGAAUUUUCCCUCUUAUCCUAGUUAAUGACAUUCCUUGCA